CUGUAAAUACCUUGUUAGUUAGGUCACUUUCCACUCCCUUCCAUUGCAUCUUUCCCUAUCCCUUUCUACCUCCCUCCAUCUUAGUUAGUUCCCUUUUUAUGUUAUACCUUUUAGUUCCUUUGUAAAUAAAUACCACUUAUUUAAAGAUCAGUCUGUCUCAAGUGAUUAGCCUGGCACCACAAAAUAGAGCAGAUCCAACAUAUUGGCACCCCAGAUUUGAGGAUUUCAACUAAACCCAUCAUCGUAAGGAAAAGGAAUCUGCUUGGCUGAGAAGAUUUGAGAAGCCUGAGACUGACGCGUUAAAGGUAUGACCAGAAAAGAAAGCCUGGAGCCUAACACAGAACAAUUUUAUUUAGAAAUACUUUAUUGGACAUAAUCACAUAAUUCUUAGAGAUCUGCAGAACAUUUCCUGCUUCAGCUAUAUUUGAUUAGUCCUAAAGAACUACUUCAAUGAAGAUAAAAAGCAAUUGACCUAUACAGGUAGGACAGGCCUAGAAUGCAUUGCACCGCUCUUCCAGACAGCAGAAGAAACUCCGCAGCCCAUCCCUACUCAGAUUAUAGGGUCUGUUCCCAAAUGGAUCAAGGGAAGCUUUCUGCGCAAUGGACCAGGCAAAUUUGAGUUUGGAGAAGACAAGUUUACUCAUUGGUUUGAUGGCAUGGCUCUCAUGCACAAGUUCAGAAUUGAGAAUGGAAAUGUAACGUAUAUGAGCAGAUUUCUUGAAAGUGACUCCUACAAAGAAAACUGUAGUCAAAACCGGAUUGUGGUCUCCGAAUUUGGAACAACAGCCAUGCCAGACCCCUGCAAAAGCAUAUUUUCCCGCUUCUUGUCAAGAUUUGAAAUUCCUAAACCUACUGACAAUGGGAAUAUAAACUUUAUGAGGUACCAAAAUGACUAUUAUGUCAGCACAGAGACUAAUCUAAUACAUAAAGUGGACCCUGAGCUUUUAGAAACAAAAGAAAAGGUUGACUGGAGCAAGUAUGUUGCAGUGAAUGGUGCUACUGCUCAUCCCCAUUAUGAUCCUGAUGGCACUACCUACAACAUGGGCAAUUCCUAUGCAAAACAGGGUACUUCUUACAACAUUAUUAAAAUACCUUCGAAGGGGCCUGAGACUGAAGGCACUUUACAAGGGGUGCAGAUCGUGUGCUCAAUAGCAGCAAAGAAUUCAACGAGACCUUCUUAUUACCACAGCUUUGGAAUGACUGAAAACUACAUUAUAUUUGUAGAGCAACCAAUAAAAAUAAACAUUCUAAAGAUUCUUACCAGCAACCUAAGUGGUGCGUCAAUAGCCGACUCUAUCACCUGGGAUCCAGCAUAUGAUACUGUAUUCCAUGUGGCAAAUAAACACACAGGAGAGCUGCACCCUUUUACUUUCCAUGCACACCCAUUUGGAACUUUCCAUCAAAUCAAUGCCUAUGAAGAUGAAGGCUGUAUUGUGUUUGACCUCUGUUGUAUGAAGGACGGGAAACUUCUAAGCGUGUAUAAGCUACAAAAUCUGCACAAAGAUGGGCAAGCAUUAGACCAGGUCUAUAAUUCAGCAGCAAGAUCGUUCCCAUGCAGAUAUGUACUACCUCUAACUACUGACUCCAAUACUCCGCAGGAUAUAAACUUGAUUCCUUUAGGUUAUACAACAGCCACAGCAACAAAAAGAGCUGAUGGGAUGGUAUGGUGCACUCCAGAGAGUCUCUAUGAUACCACAAUGGAGGAACAAGGUGGACUAGAAUUUCCUGCUAUUAACUAUUCCAAAUACAACACUAACAAGUAUCGCUACUUUUAUGGCUGCGGGUUUCAACACCUCAUUGGGAGUUCUUUGUUAAAGGUGGACAUUCAUUCCAAGGAGUUAAAGAUUUGGCAAGAAGAAGGUUUCUAUCCAUCUGAGCCAGUUUUUGUACCCUGUCCAGAUUCAACAGAAGAAGAUAGUGGCGUGAUCCUUUCUGCUGUUGUCACCCCUCACAAGGAGAAGAGCACAUUUUUGCUUAUUUUGGAUGCCAAGACCUUUACAGAGAUUGGCAGAGCAGAAGUUCCUGUACACAUUCCCUAUGGAUUCCAUGGUAUCUUUGCAGAUCAGCAUAGCUAAGAAAGCUGUGUUUUCAUAUUCAAUGAGGUGUUUUGAACCCAUGUACCUAAAAAUAUUAUUAUGCCAAAUAUUGAAAACAUUUUGCAUUGGAUUGCAUUUAAAUAAGACCUUCUCACAGCACUCAGAUCUAUCUAUAUAAAAUCUACUUAUCUAGUUAUCUAUACAAGGUAUCAUUUAUUUUUUUGGAAGAUCAAAAGCCUUUAAACUGGACACACAAAGCCUUAAUUCUUUUAUAUAGUGAAUGUUAACAUAGAAGAGGCUUCAGUGCACCAAAAUAGCAAAAACAUUUCAACUGAACAGAACUGGGAUACCACAUUGAUUCAAGAACUCAGACAUUGGUAGAUGUUGCACUUAAGAUCAGGUUAUUACAUAUCACUAUAUAUAUAGUAAAAUAUAGGUUUGAAUUCGUAUAAACAUAGUCAAUGGGUAAUUACUUGGUGUUCUGAAAAACAUGCAGACCAGAAGGGUAAGGUUGCUCAAAAAAAAUUUCAAAUGUGCAUUUUCUAGCCAAAAUCUGAGGGUCACUGCAAGAGACAAGCAAAUUCAGCUUUAUUAAAUGUCAAGCUGUAUCACCACGGUCAAGCAUUUCUAUACUAACUGAGACACCAGCAGAAAAAGUGUCCCCUGUGCUAAGACACAUGUAAGCCAACUAGGGCAGUAAAUGGAUUUCUCUCUGAAGUGCUGUUCUGACAAUCACCUUAGUUUGAUGAUGGCAGUCAGGUCAAACUGCAUAUGAAUAUUAAGACUCUCACUGGGGUAAGCAAGGGAGCCAAACUCAGAGAAAGAGCCAGUAAAGGCAGAACAAUGAGUAAUCAGAUGAGCCAGGUCUGAACCAGAUAAACAAUAAAAUAAUCGUGAGGCAAACAGGUAACCUAUAACAGACCAGGUUCAAAAACCAGGAAUCAAAUACCAAGGACCGGACCAGGGCAAUGCAGGAAGCAGAACAUAGCAUUAGGAUUAAGGAAACUGUAAUCAGGGCAACCAGGAACUAGCUGACAUGACCUAUGAAGGAUAGUGAGUAAACUCAGAGCUGGGGUUUAUACUGUAUACUCUGAAUGUAAACCAUGAGCAUCUGUGGGCAGAUUAAUAACAAAAGAAAUGAAUACUGAAGGAUACCAAAGCAUUGAAGCAAAAACAUGUCUGUUCAUAAGAGCAGAGCAGACUGCAUACUAUACUGAAAAUUUCUGGUUCAGAUCUAGGCAGGAUAUUACAGACAGUUAGACCAUGUUGGAGUUUUCCCUUUGUUUUGAAUAUAGGUUGGAUCAGCCCAGAAUAAGUCUGCAAAACUGAGCUAUGAAUGACAGGAUUAAGCUCUCUGAGAAUGUAAACUUGCACCAAACCCAACGUGAAGUCACAAUAUUUUGUUAAAUAGGCUUAAUACUAAUGUCAAAUAAAAUAAUGUGAAUAUGUAUUACAAAGGUUAGUAAGCUGUUGUAUCUGUAUUGCAAUUAUAUGUCUUAAGAGGUUCAAACAAAGUUAAGCGGCUGAUAUGAAAAAAUAAAUAGCUUUAACCCUU